GGAACUUCUUCUACACCUCCAGUUGAGGUGCCGAUUGACGAGGAUUUCUUUCACCGCGAUUCGUUUUCUCAAGAUGAUGGAAAUGCUGACGAAGGGGAAAGUCAUCAUGUGAGCCAGAUGUUAUCAUUUAUCCGUGAGGCUCUGGUGAAAAGCGGCGUUUACAAAUACUGGGUCAUACGAAACGAAGUGGUGGAGCACUUGAGGAAUCUGAAAAGGAUACAGGACGUCAUCGCCGCAAAUGUUUUUGAUCAAAAUGAAGAAGCUAGUGCGGUGCAGCAGGACGUGGAUGGUCUACUCGAUCCUCGAACGAAGUGUGUAUUCAAGCUGGCCGAUACCAAUUAUGCCAAGCAGACCACUGAGGAUCUACUUUGGGAAGAGAGGGUGGGUUCUGAAGACGAUACUGGUGCUGAGGAUACGACUAGUGCGCACGCAUGGCUAACAUUAACUGCACGGAAGGAUGCUGAGGGCGUCGAGCAAAAUGAAACAGGAAAUGGAGAUGCCCCAACGUCAGAUUGGCGAAAGCAGACGUCUCUACUUCACAAACACUGUAAAAGUUUGGAGAAAAACUCCGCUUUAUUAACUUGCCUAGGCAUGCUCAUCGAAGAUGUGGAGAACAUUGUAGACAGUGACCAGCGCUUCCUUUCAGUCAGUGACUCGCGGCAUUUGGCUACUUUCACUACGUCGACGAGAACUGACGGUGCGACACAGACAGUUUCGAGUCUUUUGACUAAGGCUGCGGGACAAGUUUCUACUCUGCAAACGGAGAUGAGGAAAUUGUUGGUCGACCAUGUCCAGGAUGAAACCACUUCUGAGCAAAAGUCAAGGUUUUCCCUGAAUUUGGAACGGUAUCAUGCUGCAUCGAAUUCAAAUAAAGUUGAUGAAGAUGAGAGUGCAUGUAAGACUAAGUCUAAGUUCUUCGUCGAAGAGCCUUGUGCGCGAUGUGGUAUUCGUAUGCCGUUGUGUGGAAUGGAAUUCAGCUUAGUUUUGCCAAAGAAAUCCUCGACAACAGCAUCUCCGACCCAUCUAAGCUGUUGUUCUUCGUGUGCUUACACGCUUAGGAUCAAAGAAAAAGUAUGCCCAAAACGUGCUAUACUACACGGAAAUGGGUAUGAUCCUGGUGCUGAACAAGGUAAAACUAAAAAGUGCUCCCGUAGUGCGAAGGCGCAUCUCUACUGCCCGCAUCAGCUUCGCUGUCUUAAGUGUGACUACUCGGCCUUUGAAGCUUGUGACAAAUGCCGAAUAAUACGUGGGGAUGCGCAUGAUCUGCGGGAAUUGCUGUAUCGAUUGAAGAUAUUUUCUCGAGCGAGAGAGGAUGGAGCAGGUGGGGGCUGCACAACCAUGGCACUAGAAGAAAGUCUAACAAGUUAUACUACUGCCACUCCGAGACCGAGAACGACGAGUUGUAGUUGUAGUUCAACUGGUAGUAGCACUAAAAUCAAAAACACACCACCUUCGAAGAUGUUGGCCAGUCCGAUCAUGAGUCGAGAUACAGUUGCAAGUACCCCUGAUGGCCUUCAUUCGUCUCCGUAUGCUGUAGAAGAGGAUGAGGCUUUAUACACCUACAAAGAGUUGUCUACGAUUGCGGGGACAACGCUGGAAGAGGACCGCGACGUCGAGCCAAGAAGUACAACUCAGGAUUUGGAUGGCAUUAGUACGGGGUCGUGGAGUGAACCCGGUCCUGUCGCCUCUGGUCCUAUUUGUACAACGCGUACAUUACCUUAUCAUGAUAUGGAAGCUCAUUCUUUUUCUUGCAGUUCCCCGAUCAUCUCGUGUCAUUUAUUCUUUGACUUUGACCUAACGCUCUGCAGCACAAAAGGCGGCGCCAAUCCUUUGUCUGGAAACCAUGCGCUGGACCCUGAGUUGGUUGAUUUGAUUGUCGAUUUUUUGGAAAGAAAUAUCGAUGGAGACUCAGCAGCAGGAGGCGCAAGACCUUCACCAACAACGGCAAGUACACGUCGUCCUUUGGUGUCAAGCGUGACGAUUCUCACGAAGAACCCACAUCGAGAAGAAAUCGCAACCUUCAUCGCGCAAACCAAUCCCGCUUUACGACAUGUGCGCGUAGUGACGGUUCCUGGUAAAAUGAGCAAGAAGAAAUGGAUAGUGGACGAAAUUCUAGAACGUGGAACUGAAGUUUGCGUCUUUAUCGACGACGACAUUCACGAGCAUGCCGCUUUUGAAGAAAAGGAAGGUAGAAGUGGCUUUGAAGAGAAGGAAGAAGGUGGAGAGGCGAAGGAUAAUGAGGUUGAUAAGAAAAUUUACAGAAUGCUUCUUGCAAGAGACAAUUGACAUGAUUGAGGCAUAGCGCAAGAAGAAGUGUCUAGAUCAUUUAUAGAUACUCUCCGAGGCAUAGGCAUUUUCGAGAGGUGCCCUCCGGGAGACUGGCAGGGAGCAAGAACAACGAC